AACGCCCGAGACGCCCCGUACGAAGAAGCCAUGUUCCGAGUGCCCGAGUUUUACACCAGGAGGAGGCAGCUGAACCAGCCGACCCCUACCCCGCUGGAACAAUGCGGCUUGCAAUUAGGAAUGUGGUAUUGGAACGAUGACAUAAGAGGUCUGGAAUUCAGAAGUUUCACACCUACAAUAGAACUGAAGGAGAAAGGGAAGAAAGGCAAGGCGGUUCACUUUGCUGAAGCUGAUGGCCCGGCUUCUGAAAGGUUGACAGAUAAGAAGCAUGUUUCCCGGGAUGAAAAGUCAGCGAAGUCCUUAGAGAAACGAGGUCAGCAGGGCAAUGUCACGCUGGAGGAUGUGAAGUUUGUGGCUUUGCUGUUACUGCAAGACACUGAGAUGCAGCGGAUCUGUUCUUUCACAACAUUUAUGAGAAAUAAGAAUUUUGACCAAUUUCUCAUGGCAUUAUUGUACUAUUUGUCUUAUUACUUGGAAAAACUCUCAUUAGAGAAGAAACCCCAAAGCUACAUGGUAGGCCUGGUAGAGAAAAAGGAGAUGGAGCAGGUUAUAAAUAAGCUUGAAGCUGCCCAGGAGUACUUGGCGCAGAAGUACUGUGUCCUGGUGCUGGGCGAGGGCAUGCCGGAUAAGCACCACAUGUGCUGUGGAAAGGAGAAAAUAUCGGACACACAAAAAGACUGGAAAUUCUUUGAGUCCUUUUAUACUUUCUGCACAUACAUAGCUUGGAUUGUCUUCCGGCGUCAGCAGUUGACAGAGAUUGAGGAAGAAAUAGGAAGGCUCUUCCGCACCAACAUGUUCAACAUCCCUCGCCGGAAGCGUGAGGACGAGGAGUCAGGAGGGGAGAGGAAGCACAUGACUUUGGUACAGUUCAGGAGAAUGAUGGCAAAACGCCCAGCCAUUAAAAAAGCCAUCGACAUGCGCUCUCCAGUCUUAUCUACACUGCUGCCUUCUCUCAGAGAAAAAGCUCAGCAUCUCGUUGAAAAGAAGUACGGGGCGGGCAUCAGAAUCCCGGCCGACACGCACAAGCAGUUGGCCAACCUGGAGUCCGUAUUCAUGCCAGUAGUUGGCAUCUUAGGGGAACCUCGAAGCUUGUUCAAACCUCAUACCCUUCUCCCCCUUGAACCAGAAGAAGUGAAACAAACUGGCAGAAACUCUUCCAUAAUAGAGAGAAAUAACAUGAAGAUUCAAGACACACUGGAUUUAGUCAUGAGAACCAUGUCCUCUCAAAAUUCCCGGCCCUAGGAAUUCCACUUCCCCCCAUUUCUGGAAUCAGGUCCUUGGAUUUGAAAUAAACUGCUUUGACUUAAUUACUUUA